AUGGACGCGGUCGCUCUGCCUUCCAUGAUCGUUUCCUCGGGCUUUUUGCCAACUGGGUCUCUGCUAGAAUCAUUGAUUUAUGUAUGCAGCGAAGUUGGUUCGAUGGAAGAGUUUCCAAUUCCACAAGUUAGGAAUAUCUCAACAAUGAUAAGAAGGAUCAAGCUUCUCUCUUCUUUGUUUGAGGAGAUUAAAGAAACCAAUCGUCCACUCCCUCCAUCUUCAAUUCUCUGUCUUACUGAACUUUUCUCAGUGAUUCGAAGAGUGAAGUUCCUGAUUCAAGGCUGCAAAAAUGGAAGCUCUCUUUGGGGACUCAUGCAGACAGAGCUUAUCUCUAACCAGUUUCAUGUCUUGGUCAAAGAGUUGGUAAGUACACUCGAUAUCUUGCCUCUUAGUCUCCUCAACAUUUCAGCUGACAUCAAGGAGCAAAUUGAGUUACUUCACAGGCAAGCAAGUAGAGUAGAGAUGUUUAUUGACAUUAGAGAUCUCCAAAGAAGAGAGGAGCUUCUCCAACUGAUGGCAAGCAAUAAUGAGAAGAACACUUGCAGAAAAGGGUUACUAGAUUUCGGUAGAGCGGGAGAGAUUUUCAACAGCAUUGGUCUCAAAACCCCAGAAGAUUAUGAGGAAGAGAUUUCGAAACUAGAGGCAGAAGUCAAAAAACAAGCCGGUACCGGUGGACUAAUAGUGGUGUCCAAUCUUAACAACUUGAUAUCUUUUGUUUCGUAUUGCCAGUCCAUGAUUUUCAGGGAUCAAGAACAUGAGAAAACCAAACAAGACCUUCUUAAGAAGAAACUGUUGUGUUCAUCCACGGCUAAGAGCUACAAUAGCUCUUCAUCAUCUCAAUCUAUUAAUAUCCCAGAUGAAUUUCGAUGCCCCAUUUCACUAGACUUGAUUAAAGACCCUGUGAUCGUGGCCUCGGGACACACUUACGAUCGAAACUCGAUUGCUCAAUGGAUCGAUUCAGGGCACCACACAUGCCCCAAGAGUGGACAAAGGCUUAUUCACAUGGCCCUAAUACCCAACUACGCACUAAAGUCUCUAAUGGAACAAUGGAGCCAAGAAAACGAAGUACCAUUAGACGAGACACAAGUGUCGUUUCUCUCGUGCAUAGAGAGAAAUGAUAGCAAAAGAGGAGGGCAUGUCGUGGAGAAAGCUGCCGUUGAUCAUAUAUCAGCCGUUAAAGCCGCCGCGGAUGCCAUCAAAAUGACGGCGGAAUUCUUAGUCGGAAAACUAGCCACAGGAUCACACGAGAUCCAACGGCAGGCGGCUUACGAGCUCCGUUUGCUGGCCAAAACCAGCAUGGACAAUCGGAGAAUCAUCACCGAGGCCGGAGCUAUCCCAUUCCUCGUGAUGCUUUUGAGCUCAAACGAUCCGAGAAUUCAGGAAAACGCAGUCACCGCUCUCCUAAACCUUUCGAUCUUCAACAAUAACAAGGUUCUGAUAAUGGCGGCCGGGGCAAUCGACAACGUCAUUAACGUCUUGGAAUCGGGAAAGACCAUGGAAGCUAGGGAGAACGCUGCGGCGGCGAUCUUCAGCUUGUCGAUGAUCGACGACUGCAAGGUUGAAAUCGGAGCUCGACCGAGAGCGAUUCCGGCAUUAGUAGGGCUUCUUAGAGAGGGAAGUCCCGCCGGGAAAAAGGACGCGGCGACGGCCAUCAUAAACCUGGCCGUUUACAAUGCAAAUAAGCUAGCAAUUGUGGCUGCAGGAGCGAUCCCUUUGCUGAUCGACCUGUUAAUGGAUGAGAAAGCCGCCAUAACCGACGAUGCUUUGGCUGUUCUGGCUUCGCUUUUGGGGUGUUCAGAAGGAGUAGAAGAAAUCAGGAAGAGUAAAAUCCUUGUACCGAUUCUGAUAGACCUUCUGAGGUUUGGGUCUCCGAAAGGGAAGGAGAAUUCAAUAACACUGCUGUUGGGGCUGUGUAAAGAUGGUGGCGAAGAGGUGGCCAAACGUCUUCUGAUAAACCCUAGAAGCAUUCCAUGUCUUCAUGGCUUGGCCACUGAUGGGUCCUUGAAAGCAAGAAGAAAAGCCGAUGCUUUGCUUAGAUUACUCAAUAGGUCUUGCUUUCAGUCUCACAGUCAAAUCAGAUUGUGACAAACCAAGAGAGAAAGACUUGUAUAUUUGUGGACAAAACAAAACAAAAACCAUAACCAUACUUUUUUUUUUAUAAAAUGAUUUUGUUUGUGUGAUGAAAUUUGUGGGUUUGUUUCAAAUUUUGAAUCUAAAGAACAAAGGAAUAACUGAAAUGUUCUUUCA